AAAAUCAUCUGCUUCAGUGGCUCCGGUACCAGAAACGGAAGCUUCUGUGGGACGAGAGCUGGAUCAUCGACUUCUCAAAGAUCAAGCAAGAUCAGGAGGCCCGGAUGACCAUGGGCAGCAUCAUGAGUGUACCGGUGGGGAACAGCAACAGCAGCUGUGUGACGGCUCUGAGCUACACGGGACAACCAGGGGCACGGAGAACCCUGUUCACCUGCACCGGGAUCUAUGACGGCAGAACGGUGGCCAUCAAGAGGAUCCAAACCAAAUCGUUCUACCUGUCCAAGGCCAUCCGACAGGAAGUCCAACAAGUCAGGGAGCUCGAUCACCCCAACCUCUGCAAGUUUGUGGGCGGUUGCGUGGAGGUGCCGGACGUUGCCAUAGUGACGGAGUACUGCCCAAAGGGAAGCCUCAACGACGUCCUCCUCAACGAGGACGUCCCGCUCAACUGGGGCUUCAGGUUCUCGUUCGCCACGGACAUCGCCAGAGGGAUGUCGUACCUGCACCAGCACCGGAUCUGUCAUGGCCGACUGAAGUCUCUGAACUGUGUGCUAGACGACCGUUGGGUCUGCAAGAUCACAGAUUACGGGCUGAGGACGUUCCGCAGAGACGACGGGUCGGAGCCUCUCUCCACCUAUCAGCAGAGCCUUCUUGAAGUGCACACGCCCCCCGAGUUCAGCAGGUCCAACGUGGAGCCCACGCUGGCGGCAGACGUGUUCAGUUACUCCAUCAUCCUGCUGGAGAUCGCGACCCGCAGCGACCCGGUCCCAGUGGAGGAGGCCGCUGUGGAGAGCUCCUGGUGUCCUCCGCUACCAGAGCUCAUCUCCAGCAGAGCUGAAGCUUGUCCAUGUCCCUCCGACUACGUUGAGCUGAUCCGCCGGUGUCGUGCUCACAACCCCGUCCACCGACCCACCUUUGAGCAAAUCAAGAAGUUUGUCCAGCGGAUCAACCCGGUGAAAGUCAGCCCGGUGGACAUGAUGAUGACCCUGAUGGAGAAGUACAGUAAACAUCUGGAGGUGCUGGUGGCCGAGCGGACGCAGGAUCUAACCCACGAGAAGCAGAAGACCGACCGGCUGCUCUACAGCAUGCUCCCCAAGCAGGUAGCUGACGACCUGCGACAGGGCAAACCGAUGCAGGCUCAGAGCUACGUCAGCGCCACCAUCUUCUUCAGUGACAUUGUUGGCUUCACCCAGCUCUCCAGCAGCAGCACUCCUUACCAGGUGGUGGACUUCCUCAACAAGCUCUACACCACCUUCGAUGACAUCAUCGACAACUACGACGUCUACAAGGUGGAGACCAUCGGAGACGCCUACAUGGUGGUGUCAGGGGUUCCUCAGGAGAACGGGAUCCUUCACGCCUCAGAGAUCUCUAGCAUGGCUCUGGACCUGGUGGGGGUCUGCCGCACCUUCAGGAUCCCCCACAAGCCCUCCACCCAGCUGCAGAUACGGGCCGGCAUCCACUCAGGUCCGGUGGUAGCCGGCGUCGUGGGGACCAAGAUGCCUCGUUACUGUUUGUUUGGAGACACGGUGAACACAGCUUCCAGGAUGGAGUCCUCCAGUCUGGCCCUGAAGAUUCAGUGCAGCUCCAGCACCUUCUACCUGCUGGAGGAGAUCGGCGGAUACCUGCUGGACUGCAGAGGGGUGAUGCAGGUCAAGGGGAAGGGGGACAUGGUGACCUACUGGCUGGAGGGGAAGAAGACGUCUCUGGUCUCCAAGGGCCUCGGCGCCAUGACGACCAAACGCGUUGCCACGGAGACGGGGAAAGAGCGAGGGACACACCCGUCCAUGCCAGGGCUGAUGGACGACGACCUCCUUCACGCCGCCUAGGCAGUGCUAGUGUGCUACACGCUACACGCUACACGCAUGCUUAAACACGUUAGUGAUCGUUGAGUCAAAAGCUAAACUAGUGUAUUCGACCUUUAAUGUUUAGGAGUAUUUAGUAGACUCAAAGGAAAUAAAACCUAUUUAAUAUUAAAUAUGUGACAGAAACAAUCAAACUCAAUAGUGUACUUUCUCACUGUACUACAUUUAAGUAUUUAUUGUAACAAUUUACUACAAAAAAAAAUCUUAAAAUGAUUAAACACAAAUACAGUUAAUUAAAAAAUUGCAAAAACAGAUUUAUACACUUAAUUAAGAACUAGAGGUAUUUUCAAUGUGUUUGUAUUUUUCAUACAGUCAAAUAUAGUAUAUUCACAAACACGAUGAUCGGUUGAUUUAUCAGUUAAUGUUUGCUUCUGUGUUCAUGUUCUUGGUCCCUUGUAGUUAAAUCGGUUUAUGAUUUAUAAGAGUUUGUAUGUUUAAUGACCUGAAAACUUAAAAUUCUUCUUUCACAUAAA